AUGAAGCUGAAAGAUCGGGCAUAUCACUCAACCUUCAACGAUGACCCUUCGGUCCGUCAAGUGGGAAAUACUGCUAUCUUACCUAUCAACACUAAAAUCAGGGGUCCUGCACCUCUAGCUGCCGAUCCGAGUUUACCUGAUAUCAUUGAAGAAUCAUUGGAUCUGUUUCGUGCUAAUUGUCUUUUCAGGAAUUUCGAGAUUAAAGGCCCAGCAGAUCGGCUCCUCAUUUAUCUCAUACUUUUCAUCUCUGAAUGUCUCACAAAACUCGCACCUUCUCCCGGUAAACCAUCACCAGGGUAUCAAGAAGCCAUCAAGCAACUCUCCACUCUGGCGGUUGAUAACUUCGCUUUACCAGGAGAUGCUGGAUUCCCUUUGAACAGUCUGUAUCAUCCUCCUGCUAGUCGAGUGGAUGCGGACGCCUUACGCUCUUAUCUCACCCAGACACGAUCCGAACUCGCUGUCCGAUUGUGUGAUAGAUUAUACCCUCCUGAACAACUCGUAGGUCCCGAUGGUCAGCCAACGGGACAAUUUGGAACACGAGCGACGAAGCCUAGCAAAUGGUGGAUGGCGUUUCAAAAGCGAAGAUUCAUGGGUAGAUCACUUGGAGCCGCUUAG